AACCGACUCUUCACAUCGGAUCAUUCAAAUCUUGCUUUUUGGUUUCACGGGAACGGGAUGAAUACUAAAUUGCGGGUUGACGUUUUAAUUUCCUAGGAAUGGGUUGCAAUAGGAGUGCUCGUUGAACUUUUCAAUGUGUGAGAUUCGGAAAUGAUGAACUAAAACUCGAGGACUGAGAAGAACAACCGGACUUGAACUGGCACCUGCCCGUUCACGCCCCAGCUGAACCAUGGGGUCAUUCCGAAGGCCCAGGCCCCGUUUCAUGAGCUCGCCCGUGCUGUCAGACCUCGCCCGCUUUCAUGCCAGCUCGCCAACGUUGCAGCUGUCCAAUGCCAGCGUCUGGAACAGUGUUCAGACGGCUGUUAUUAAGGUGUUUCAAGGAGGAAGCCUGCAGACCAAUGAGCUUUACACCCUGAAUGAGAGCAUAAGGUGGCUUCUAAGGACUGAGCUCGGAUCCUUUAUCACAGAGUAUUUUCAGGAUCAGCUCUUGAAUAAAGGCCUGACGUACAUUUUGGAGAAGAUUCGACUUCACGAUGAUGAAACUCUUCUCCAAGCGCUGUGUGAAAUGUGGGUGAGGUUUUUCACAGAGAUCCUGCCAACUCUCCAAGCUAUUCUCUACCCCGUGCAGGGUCAGGAGUUGACUGUGAGGCAAAUGGCUCUGCUGGGUUUCAGGGACAUGGUUCUGUUGAAGCUUCCUGUGGAGAACAUGCUUCACGACGACACAUACCCUCCUCCAAUCACACAGAUGCUUCUUAUCCUGCAGGGAAUUCAUGAACCUAACGGACCCACGCAAGAGUAUUUCUUACUCGAGAAACUGGUGGAUAUGGUAAUAUCUCCCUACCUGGGGAACUACCUCUACUUGAGCCGAAGCGAAUCUUCUUCAGAAGAUCGUUCGAAGCACCUGAGAUCGGUAAACACACCUCAUCGUGGUCAACCUGAGAUUAUGGUAACACAAUUUGCCUAUGAAUCCUUCCUGGCACCUCUAAUUGAGAAUGAAGGAGAAGCCUACUUGGAAAACACUAGAGGUAUCAGACGCCACACCGUUGCCAAUGUGCACUCGGACAUCCAGCUACUGUCUGUUAAAAACAGGAUGUGUUCGGGGAACGUCGAGGUCAGUGGGACGACCCGGAUCAUCGAGACAGGGAGGAAAAGGACUCAGAAUUGCCAACCGGCUUUUUUUCAUUCCAGGCAAGGUGCUGUGGAAAUUCCUAGAGGCCAAAGCACUGCUGAGAUACAGUGUGGCCUAACCAGUUAGAAAGCGAUGGAGGAGAUUUAUUUUACUCGAAACGCCCACUGCAAUCCUCUUAUUUUAUAAUAACUGUGACAGGCUGGAACAUGUUUGUUUAAUAAAACAGAGGCUACUUGGAGCUGCUCUCAUAGGCUCAAUGAAAAUAGGUGCUGGAUUCUGUUUGGCCUGUCAAAAAAAACUCGUAUUAGCGUUUUCUCAUAAAGCUCACCGAAAGUAACACUUUUUUUCUGCCGUGGAGGGGGCAAAGUUGUGUGAAAAUACGUCCUGGUGAGCUAGUUUACAGAGGUACAAGCAAGGUAUUAGAAACGUAAUAAUGAUAUAAUGUAGCCUUUGGAUACAUUCGAAUUUUAAUAUCAUUUUUAAUUCUUAAGCUUUCAUAAAGUUUCAUUUAUUUGUCAUUUUAUUAGAAAUAUUUGAAAACAAAACCUGCAAAUAUGUAAAAAAUGUGUCUUUACGAUUUAAGUCAUUUUAUGAAUGUUUUAUGACUUGCAAUAGUAUUGUUCCUUCUUUUAAAAUAAUAACAAGAAUUUGUGUGUUUGUGCAAAGAAAACUGCAAAUAUGUUUUGUAGUAAUAAAGUUGAAGAAAGG